CCUCAAUUCUCUAUUGUUUUAAGACCUUUGCUUCUCCGUCGUUUUCUCUGCUUCAGUUUCUUUCUCUUCCAAAGAAGCAACAAAACCCAAAACAGAUCGAAUCAAAUUUUUUUCUUAAAAAGAAAUUUUUUUUUUUCUUAAUUAAAUUUUUGUGGGGGGUUUUCAAUUUCACCUAACCUAAUUGAUUCUCUCUUUUUCCCUUUUAAUCUCUCCAUUGCGUUGCAUCUGAGUUUCCCAAUUGAAAGAAACAACAAAAAGAGAGGAUUUUUAAUUUUAUUUAUUUUUUGGUUCCUAGAGAGAGAAGGAUUCAAGAAAAUGACGACGAACAUUGGGAUGAUGGAUAGUGCUUACUUUGUUGGAAGGAAUGAGAUUCUGAGUUGGAUCAAUGACAGGCUUCAUCUCAAUCUCUCUCGUAUCGAAGAGGCUGCAUCCGGUGCUGUGCAAUGUCAAAUGUUGGAUAUGACCUUCCCAGGAGUUGUGCCAAUGCACAAGGUUAAUUUUGAAGCAAAGAACGAGUACGAGAUGAUUCAAAACUACAAGGUCAUGCAAGAAGUCUUCACCAAAUUGAAGAUUACAAAGCCAUUGGAAGUCAACAGGCUUGUCAAAGGCCGACCACUAGACAACUUGGAGUUUCUACAAUGGCUGAAGCGUUUUUGCGAUUCUAUAAACGGAGGCAUUAUGAAUGAGAAUUAUAAUCCAGUUGAACGAAGAUCAAGAGGUGGCAGAGAGAAAAGUGUAAAGGGAUCUAGUAAGAUCUCAAAGUCAUUGCAAACAAACAAUAUGCAUCAUCAUCCUCCUGUGACUACUUCCAACAAACCAUCUGGUCCCAAGCAAGUAAAAUCACAUGCAAUUGGAGGUGGGAGCAACUCAUCAGCCGAAGUGCAAGCUCUGUCAAAGGAGAUAGAAGAUCUCAAGGUCUCGGUCGAUCUCUUGGAAAAAGAAAGAGACUUUUACUUCUCUAAGCUCCGGGACACAGAGAUACUCUGUCAGACUCCUGAACUCGAGGAUCUUCCGAUAGUGGUAGCAGUUAAGAAGAUAUUAUAUGCAACCGAUGCAAAUGAAUCUGCACUAGAAGAAGCUCAAGAGUGCCUAAACCAGUCUCUGGGACUUGAGGCUGAUGAAGAAGAAGGAAAGGAAGAGGAAGAAGAAGAAGAAGAAGAGGAAGAAGAAGAAGAAGCAGCAGCAACAGAGACCCAAACUUAAAAGUUGUUGAUAAAUAAAAGUAGAGAACAACGAUGGUCCAUUGCCUUGUCUUAGAAGAUAGAUCACUUGGAGUCGGAGAGAGUGUUUUGCACAAUAUUACCGUAACCGGUUUUUUUGUUUAAAAGUGAACCGAACCGAAUUUGCUCCGUCCUAAAUUUGAAAGAUUUAUCUGAUGGGUUUUAUUUGUAUCAAAAUGUUUUUACUAAAUGUGUUCCGAUAUGUAAAAUUAAAAUUACAUAAUAGUUACAGUA